AUGGAGGUAAAGAAGCUGUUUAACGUGUUUCUUACUCUCAAUCUUACAAAUGUGAAGACACAACGACCCAAGUUUGACGAAUUCUGCACGGGUCUUAAUGCACUUCUGAAUCAGUUAAUCUUUAAUGCAACAGAUACCGCGACAAUACGUGAUAAAUACUUUCAAAGUCUGAACAUUGGCAGGCAAGUUGAAGACGCAGCUUAUGGAACGAAUGUUCGACAACUAUCGGCUGUUGAAUUGCGAAAAUACACAAAUCAAUGGUGGUCAAAGCUCGAUCAGCAUACCAUAGAGGGUAUUAAGACAAGAUUACUUGACGUCAUAUUGCAAGAACCUCAUACCCUUGUUCGACAUUCAACCGCACGGGCAAUUUCAGCAAUUGCCAAUGGUGAAAUUCCUGCUGGACAAUGGGACAACUUGCUAGAGUUUUUGUAUCAAUGCUGUCAAAGUCCUAAUGCGGGUCAUCGUGAGGUUGGAGUCUACGUCCUAUACUCUCUAUUUGAAGUAAUCACAGACGUAUUCAACGACCAUCGGGGGCAACUAUUCGAAUUGUUUAGUAGGUCCUUGAAUGACCCCGAAAGCAAAGACGUGAGAACUACUACAUUACUGGCUCUUGGUAAAAUUGCCGAGUUCAUUGAGAUUGACGAAGUGGAUGAUAUCGCUCAAUUUCAAAAAUUAGUUCCAUCAAUGGUCAAUGUGCUUCAACAAGCACUCGCCGAGAAUGACGAAGAUGCAGCAACAAAAGGGUUUGAACUGUUCGAUACACUGGUUUUGCUUGAAGCUCCACUAUUGUCAAAACAUAUUGCACAAUUGAUCGAGUUCUUUUUGAACGUAGCUGGAAAUCAACAGUAUGAAGAGUCAAUACGUAUAAUGGCCUUGCAAUUUAUGAUUUGGGUUUCUACAUAUAAAAAGGCAAAAAUUCAGCGUCUUAAGCUGGUCAGUCCAAUCAUUUCACGAUUGAUGCCGAUAGGAACUGAGAAUGACCCCGAUGAUGUAACCGAAGAUUCUCCCUCAAGGAUGGCUUUUCGCGUAAUCAAUUCUAUUUCGACGCAGCUUCCACCUCAACAAGUGUUUCCAGUAAUCUUGGAGCAUGUGGUUGCGUACAUGCAGAAUCAUGAUCCAACAUAUCGAAAGGCCGCAAUGAUGGCAUUUGCUGUUUUUGUAGAGGGGUGUGCCGAAUAUAUUCGGCCCAAGUUCAAUGACUUACUGCCUCUCGUCGUUUCUGGCUUACAGGAUCCAGAAACUACUGUCAGGAAAGCAGCCUGUAUUGCUUUGAGCUGUUUUGCCAACGAACUUGAUGAGGAAGUGACUGAGAAUCACAAGACUUUGAUGCCGCUAGUAUUUAAUCUUGUGGAUGAUCCAAAUCCAGAAAUUUCAAAACAAGCCUGUGGUGCAUUAGAUGCAAUUCUUGAAGGCUUGGAUGAAGAGAUAAUUGUCCCAUAUUUGCCUGCAGUGAUGCAAAAAUUAUUAACACUAGCAGACUGUGUCUCUGGAGAGAGAGUUAUUCCUGUGUUUGCUGCAAUUGGUAGUGCAGCGCAUUCAGCCAAUGGGGAGUUUAAGCCAUACUUUGCACAAACGCUUCCCAAAUUGCAAGUAUUAAUGUCGAAAUCAAAGACUGAGGAAGAUCUAAAAAUUCGCGGAGUUGCUACUGAUACCCUUGGCGCUAUUGCCGAAGCUGUUGGACGCGACGAAUUCAAGCCAUACGUUGCAAACUUUAUGCAGUUGGCAAUUGAUGGUUUGCAGCAUGACCAUCCCCAAUUAAGAGAAUGCAGCUACUGCUUCUUUUCAGUAAUGGCUCGCGUGUUUGGUAGUGACUUUGCACCAUAUCUUGUAGUGAUAAUGCCACAAUUGAUAAAGAGCUGCCAGAUUGAGGAAAAGGAUUUGUUCGAAAUUGAAGUGCCUGACGAAGAAGACUUGGGUGAAUCAGAUGAAGAAGAUGAAGCCUAUACAUUUAAUCACGACAUAAUUGACGAAAAAGAGAUUGCUGCUGAAGCGAUUGGUGAAAUAUUUACCAAUGCGAAAUCAGAUUUCUUACCAUACGUUGAACCUUGUGUGAAUGAGCUGAAUAAACUAGGGACACAUCAUGCUGAAAGUGUAAGAAAAACGGCAGCACGGUCAUUGUGUCGCUUUAUGGUUACAUUCUAUGAAAUGGCUAAGCUUCCGCCAUGGGAACCUGGGCUUCCAUUGAGAGUUCCAGUACAUUCGAACGUGGAAACUAUGGUUAAAUAUGCAAUGUCUACUAUUGUGGCCAUUUGGGAAGAUGAAGAGGCCAAGUCUGUGGUCAUUGAAAUCUGUCAACAACUCGUUGUCGCGCUGAAAGAAUGUGGCCCAUGCAUAAUAGCUGAAUGCGUGGACGAAGUUUCCAACAUCACAUUGAAGCUCUUUGAAAAAACGCAUCCUUCAUCGGAUCUUGUUGCUGCAACAGCCUCAGUUAUCGGACCAGAAUUCUCGGAAUACUUUAAAGUAUUCUUACCACAUAUUAAAAAAUACUAUAAAAAAUCAAGGCCCGUGUCAGACAGAUCUAUGGCAAUUGGCUGUUUGAGUGAAUGUGCUCUCGGAUUGAAAGAAGGAAUUACGCCAUUCACUGAAGCGAUAUUACCAUUGUUUUUGAAAUCAAUUAACGAUGAAGCAGAUGAAGUCCGAAGCAAUGGUGCUUACGGUAUUGGUCUUUUAUGCCAAUAUUCAAAAGCGGACAUGGUGUCACACUAUCCGGCCAUACUCACGGCAUUGCAUUCAUUAUUUGGAGCUUCUUCAUUUGUGAAUAUCGCGGAUAAUGCAUGCGGGGCUGUGUCAAGGAUGAUUCUAGCUCAUCCUGAAGCAGUGCCACUUGAGCAAAAGUUUUGGUUUUUGCGGGAGCAGGUUCUCCAAGUGUUGUUUUCAACGUUACCGCUUAAACAAGACUUUGAAGAGAAUGAACCAAUUUUCCAAUGUAUAUUCCAACUAUUUCGUGCAAAUAAUGCAUUCGUAUUCAAUCAGUUACCGACUCUUCUAAAUAUAUUUGCCAAAGUUCUUGGUCCGCCUGAAGGACAAUUAAAAGAAAGCAUACGCCAUGAACUCAUAGAAUUGAUAAAGGCAUUGGCUAAACAAUAUCCAGAAAUUAUGAACAGACCUGACUUGGUCGCAGUUAUGGCAUAG